AGAAGCUCUUGGUGACGAGAUCUUCUUCCGCUUCCGGCCGCAUGGCAAAUUGCAAAUGAUGGUGCGCAGCAGCUGGGAGCUUCCCAGAGCUGGCGCAGGUGGGCGCAGGUAGAAACGGCGUCGCCCCCAUUGCAAGCCGCGCUCGGAAGGUGGCAGCAAUCUUUGCUUGGGACGAGGCUGUGAAGCAGCAAACCUCCUUGUGUAAAUAAAUACCCGCUGCAGCAAAUAUCAGAGGCCUACUGGCUCGCAUGCUGCGCUGCAUUUUCGGGGGAUUUUCAAGGGCGAGCAACCAUGUGUUGCGUCAUUUUGUCAGCUGCCCAGUGAAUCUCGCCAAGUAGUUGCAUAGCAAGAGUCUGCUGAAGAGAUCUCCAGGCAUUCAGCAUGGCGUUGAAGGCAAAAGCAACCGAGCAGCUAGAGGCGAAGGUCAAGGCGCUUGGCAAGCUCCCGGAAAAUCGGGCGUGCAUCAAUUGUGGGAGCAAGGGGAGUCAGUCAGUAUGCACGACCUUCUCGACCUUUGUCUGCAUUCCCUGCAGCGGUGUCCACCGAGAGUUCACGCACCGCAUCAAGUCCAUGUCCAUGUCGUCCUGGACCUCUGACGAGGUCCGAGCGUUGGAGGAGGGCGGCAAUGAGACAGCACGUCAGAUCUACUUCAAAGACUGGGACCCUUCCAAGUUCCCAAUGCCAGAUAACAGCAACCCGGAGAGGCUACGGUCCUUCAUCAAGGCGGUUUAUGUCGACAAGCGCUUCACUGGGGAGUUGCAUGUGUCCAACAUUCGAGAGCGGAGAGCGUCGGACCCCGACCCUCGCGAGGCUCCCAGCCCGCAGCACAGUGCAGGGUACUCUCCUCGGGAUCGCUACUCGCCGCGCGAGGCAGACAGGUACAGUGGCUCAGGCCGGGAAGGCGGCAACAAGGAGAGCCCCAAAGAGAAGCCCAAAAAGCGCGGCAUCUUUGGGCGUUUCUCGGGGUCCCCUCGGACGUCUGACGACCGCACUCCGCGCACAUCCGACGAGCGGUCCUCCCGCCGUGGCUCCGAGGAGAGGAGCCAGAGCGCUGAGCAGUCACCCAGGGUCGACUACCGCGGUGGUCGCGACGUGCGCGGCAGCUUUGACAGCGAGAAAGAUCGCAAGGCGGAUGUGGGGCGAGGGGUGCGCCCUUCCUGGCGGGACGAGCGGCCGCAGUCUCCGCCCAUCCCAGUCGUGCCCCUUGAAUCGGUCUUGGGGCCAGACACACCCAAGCUCAGAGUGGGGCCUGAUGCGUACUCCAAGGACGGGCCGACCUCGCCGAUCCCUCGUCGUGGCCCCGCUGGCAAAGGCGGCGCACUGGAGGAGGCCGGCUCGGGGCGCACCCACAAACGGGAGCCGUCGACCGCUCUCAUUGACUUCAACUUUGACGACGAACCCGCUGCGGCUGCCCCCAGCACGACCGCUGCAGAUCCGUUUGGAAAUGCUGCGCCUCCCAGCGAAGCCGCCACGGCGGGAUGGGCCACAUUCGGUGAUGCACCCGCGUUUGAGGCUGCAGGACCCUCAGGUAAUGGUUUCGGAGAUACGAACGCGGGUUGGAAUGCUGCCGGGCCCACCUCUCAGGUGCCCGCUUUUCAGGCCCCCGCAGGGCCCGGCGCACCCCAUGGCAGUGGAGACUGGAACACUUUCGGCGCUCAGCCGCCGCAACAACAGGGUGCCUGGGGCUUUGCGCCUCAGCCGCAGCCUGGUUUCGCCCCCUUCCCUGCACAGUUUGGCGGCUACCCCCCGCAGCAGGGCUUCGCCCACCCCGGCCAGUUCGACACCUUCCCCCCUGCCCAGGGCUUCCCCCCGCAUCAGAACCAGGGGCUGCCGGCAGGCAUGUACCCCCCUGCGCAGUACUCUGCCCAGCCCCCCCACCAGGCCCACGCUCCGGGCCCGCAGGGCGGGCAGGCGAAUGGUGUUGCGGCGCCACAGGGGCCGCCCUCGACGUCGGGGCCUGCGUCCACAGGAGGGGGGGUCAGCAAGCUGGGCGCGCUGCCAGAUGACCUGUUCUCUGACAAGGGCGGCCCGCCCGCCGUCGCCAACGUGUACCAGCCCCAGCAGUAUGCCGCAUAUGCCGCCCCGCCACCGCAGUACGCCCCCAUGCCGCAGAUGCCAGGUUACGCGGCCCCGCCCAAAAGCCGCAACCCGUUUGACGACCCCCCACCAUCCGGCCCCGGAGGCGGCCCGCCUGCCCAGCCGUUCAACUUCGGCCCUCUGUCGAGCGCUCUGCCCAACCUAGGCCCUCCUAGCUUUGGCCUGGCAGGAUCGCAGGGCGCCCCAGGUGCCAAGCCAGCUUAUGGGGGCGGCCCGCUGGGACCGACUGGUUUCUCGCAACAGAACUUCGGGCCACAGUUUGGGUACAACACGGCAGGUGCUGGUCCGUCUAGUCACGGUGGGUCUCCAUCCGCAGCGGCAUCUCAGGGCGGACUUCAUGGGAACCCGUUUUAAGACAAGUUCUGUGCCAAAUAGACCACUUUGACAAACGUUUCGUUUUGCGUAACUUGGAUGCUGCUCCACAUUUUCCAUAGAAUUCAGCAAUAUCGUCCAGGAUCCGCAAUCAGCAUCUUCCGGCUUCUAUAAACAGACAAACAAUCUGGUGAGUCAAGCAGUAAAAGUGCCAUACUUGCAUUGCGCUGGGCAAGUUAAGAUUUGCACCCGGGUUGAAGUACGUAAAUUUGAGUUGUCUAAGUCAACACCUACCUU